GUCGAAAACGAGGCUGGGCAGCCAUUUUGAAUGCUAAUUUGAAAGUGGGCACGUUUACGUUUACGUUCGUUGUGACUUUUUCAUACUUCUAGGGGCGAAAUUUUCAGCUUCCGGUGUUUAUACCAAAACUCCCCUCGAGUGUCUGAUUGUUUAGGCAACAACUAAGUCUUCACAUCUCGCCCAGGUAUGCUUUAGGUGGAGACGGGGAUGUAGGCCUAUGACCUUUGACCCACUUGGUUAGUUUUUAAAAACGGAAGGUAUGCAUGAGAGCACUAGAACAAAAGCCUGGGCGGAACACACACAGGAGUGCCUUUAUACAGCCAAGUACAGCCAUAAGAGCCUGCAUGUUUCAAUAUGAGGGGAAUUUGAAGUGCAACUCUGACUGAGUCAAGCAUGCGGAAAAGAAAACAUGGCACACAGGGGCGGUAAGAAGGAACUGUUACUGGACGACCAGGGGAUUCUACUGGACGAUGACGAGCCGGUCAGACAGCGGGGAGGCCGUCAGCGCGAUGUGACGUUCGACGAUUCGCAUCCGUUCACGGAUGAACCUACUCUCAAUCUGAGUGAGUUUGAGGAUUCCAUCAAGGAAGAGAUAGACUACGGAGAUGGUGGCCAGUCUGAAGAGGAAUUCGGGAAAGAUGGUGUAGAUUACGGAGUGGGAUUCGAACCUGCGGCCUUUAAGAGGGUACGGGGUGGUUCACAAACACAGGACAGUCUGGCUGAGUUUGAAGCAAUAGAGCAGAAUCUGUUACAAGACGGCUCACAUGGGAGUGCCUUAUUUGAAAGAAGCAGGGAAAACUCAGGCGAGAGAUCGAGGGACAACAUUUCCUUCCAGAGUAACGAAUUCGAGAAUUCAGCUGCUGAUCAGUACGAACAGUAUCUCUCGGAACAGGAGCAUGGUGGAUCAGGGAAUGAAUUCUCCUUAGGGGGUGAAGACGCUGAGCACCACUCUCUAGGGCUGGAUGACUUUGCAGCAAAGUACGGCAGCCAAUCAGCAAGGAGCUAUGAUGGACAGUAUGCAAAUGAAGGGGAUGUUGGAGAGGAUGUAAGCAGAUUGGUUGGCGAGGAAAGCUUUCCCAGGAAUUCUUUUUUAGACAGCUCACUCUUAAAUGACACAGUGAUUCCUAUUAAUGCGUCAGAUAGUACUUUUGAGAAAACCCCUCAACCAACAUUUGAUCAUUCCAAAAACUCUACACCGAGUCCUUCCAAUCGUAGAGUAUCAGACAUACAGAGCUCCGGGGAUCAUUUGGUCCCCCCUUCCAAGACUCCCCUAACAAGUACGCCAAAUUCUCCUGACAGUAGAAGACCUGACAUCUCUGUACAGUCUGUCAGGGACGAGGACUCAGACAGCAGAACUCCAGUCAGGAGACCCGACUCGGACUUGUCAUAUAGCGGUUUCCAUGAGAGAGUGUCGGAGAUAGCGAAGAGGGAUGCUGCCAUUUUGAGACCGAGGUUCACCACAUACGGAGCCGAGCCAAAAGUUUCGCCUCCAAAAUCACAACGGACUCCUCCGACAGAAAGUCCCAAGAAGGCGAGUAAUGUUUCCUUUAAGAUUGACCGUUCUAGCGGGAGGAUCCUCGGUGUUUCUCAGUCUACUCCUCAGUCUGAUCCAAGUAAGAACACUUCCUUAAGAGAGAGGAGAAGGAGAAACAGGAUGAGUCGUGGAGACUCAGGGUCAAAGUCACAACACAGAACCGAAACGGAGACGUCUGUGAGCGAUUUGGACUUGGACGGUAGCGGGCGCUCGAGCAUCUCUCGCUCGGAGCUGUCCCAGCGACUGAAAGACGAGGUAAAGAGCAAGACGGAAACAUCGGAGCAGCUCCGAGAACUACAGGAGGAAUAUGACAACCUGCUGGCUAAGUACGCCCUCGCGGAGGUGACCAUCGACCAUCUGAGACUGGGGGCAAAGGUCAACUUGUACUCGGAUCCUCCUAAACCUGCACCAGCAUUUGUGGGCUCUAUUCCUCAGCCACAUAAGAUCCAGAUGGUGGACAUCCCACGGAGCCAGCGGGCACAACUGGACAGGACAGGGGAACAAGCUGUUACAGCUACCCUGUCCCCACCCCAGCCCUCUCAUAGUAGACUGACCCAGACAGCAAUGUCUGCAGGAAAUGGGCCUGACCCAUUUGUUGGAGAGGGGGAGGAGGACCCUACUCUCACAGCUACUGCCAGUGGAGAGAGUCUGAAAGUGGCCCUGUUGUUACAGGCAGCAAGUUUGGAGGACCAGGUUGACUCCUUUGAGGCCCUGCUGGACCUGAACCAGCUGAAUCUGGCGGAGCAGGACGAGGUUCUGAGCCGCCUGCAGGCCGAGAACGACCGCCUGAACCAGGACUACCUGGACGCCAGGGACGAGCACGACAGGAUGAGGCGGGCCGGAGAUACAAAGGGGGAGUUCGACGAAGAUAAGUCAGUUGCUGGUAAGCUACACCAGCUGGGGAUGCGGUUAGAAGACCUGGGGGAACGUGUGGAGAACAACAGGACCAACCCCAGCCCUGACACCACACAACAGGACACAGGUACAAGUCUGAGGGAGUCUGUAGCCACAGAACCCAUGGAGAGUCUCCACACACAGAUGGACCUGCCUCUGGAGGGGGAGCUGGAGGAGGGGAGGAGGAGGAUGGAGGAGGAGUUUGGCAGGUUGAUGGACAGGUACGGCCAGCUGAAGGGGAUGCCUCGCACACCUGACAGGGACAGGGAGAUACAGGACCUCAUGCAGCAACUACAGGAGUUGAGAAGAGAUGCUCCCUUAUCGCUGGACCUGCCUCCAGAGUUAGAUGACAGCCUGUCUCAGGUGUCCAGUCCACAGCUAGAGGAGACUGACCUCCCGGAAGAAGAGCGGUCUCGGCUCCCCUCCCGUCUGCUCGGACACACCCCAGGCCAGCCCUCGCACCAGGACACAAGUCAUGACCAGUCAUCUCUGCACUUCUCACCCGACAGCCCAGAUAGAAAAGGGAACCAGUGGCAGAGUAGGAGAGACCAGGAGUCAGAGGAUGACACACCUCCAGCGGUCAGACCCAAGGACAGAAGGAAUGCUUCUCAUAGCAGAGCACCCAAGUCUCAGAACAAGGAUCAUGAUGUGCCUUUGCCAGACAACGUUCCCAAUACAGUGACAGAGAGUCGACGGUCGUCCACCAUGUUCCAGCCGUGUAGACAGAUAUCCUCUCACCUCCCCAAACCUAUCCUUAAACCUCAAACUCUGGAAUACAGCCAGAACAUGGACAGAUGUGAACACUGUGGCCAGCCAUUACAGUCCCAGCCAUCCACACACGUGGGCAGCACCAGCAGUGUAGCGGACAGUGGACGCUCUUCCCCGACACACCGCCCUGUUAUCAAGGCAACCCAGAACCAGCCCCAGCAGGAGGCCGAGAUCGACAGCGGGUUUAUUGGGUCGGAGAGCAGCCGACAGUCCCAGAUGACCACGCCCCUCGUACCGAAGAGAGAGCCACGCACCACACGGGAAAGACACAGGUCUCCAGUCACCACGCAGGUGAGUCAGAAGCCAUCGCGACCCAGCAGCGGCCACCGUUCCGCCCCGAAGCACCGCCCCGCGCCCCUGCAGCAGGUGUCAGAUAGCGACAGUCUGGAGGAACGUCCCACCACCGUGAGGGAGGUGCAGCCCGCCAGGCCCAGCGGGAAGAAGAACCCAGGUAAACCACAGGAGAUGACAACAUCGCAGCGUAGACGCCCGCCGUCCACCCGUUCCCGUAGCAGUAACACGUCCCACAAGCGGCACUACUCCAGUAGUGAGGAUGACAUCUCACGGCACAGUGUGGCCAGUAGCAGGGGCAGCAGCAGGGAUGAAGCCAUCCAGGGUUUGAAGAGGGAGAUAGAGAACAUGAGGGAAGAGCUGGACGACAGACUACGGCGAGCACAGACCCGAGACCGCCCGGGGAAGUCUGGCCUCCCCUCCACGCCACGUGAGCCGGUCCGCGUCUACCCAACGGAGGGGUCGUAUCUAGAGGACGAAGACGAUAGAAUAGAACCUUCUCGUUCUGGCAGCUUAAAGGGACCAUAUACAGGUAAGGACUACACGCCAUAUGCCACAAGACGCCGUGCUCCAUUCACGGAAACCUCUCCAAUGGACACUCGUGAUCUCCGCUCUUCACAUUCGAGAACACGUACGCCAUCACCAGUAGGCAGUGAAAGACGAUCCACACGUCGGACGCGAGAUCGUUCCACAUCUCCGCUUGACACGCGACCGAAGGAGCUGGGACGUUCGGAUUUGGGCUAUACGCCAAGAAGGGCUGGAUCGUAUGUGCGAACAACGGGCCCGUGUCCGCUAUGUGGCGGGAGCGGGGUCCACACCCAUGGGGAGUAUGUCCACCCACCCCCAGAGCCAGUGGAGUACAGAUAUGUCCCUGUCAACUCCACCGCUCCUGUUAGUCCUGUGGUUCACUACGUCCCUGCGUCACCCAGAUAUGUGCCUACAACACCCAGAACGCUCCAAUACGAGGAAGUUGGCCCUUCCCCAGGGGUGGUGUACAGCCCCUACCCCUCACCUGUGGUGUACGUGAGCCCUCGGCGGGGCAGGGUACGGUACUACCAGCGCAAGUACAGCAUCACGGAGACAGAGGAGGAAGAAGAAACAGAUGACGAGCUGAGGUUGUCCCAUCUACACCUCGGGAGUUCCUUGGAGCGGGCAGAGAGGGCGGCGAGAGAGAUGAAGCGGCGGUCACGAAAAAUGGCGAACACGCUGGACACAAGCUUGUCCAGAUCUAAGGCAAAAUUGUUUGCCAUCGACUGGUACUAACCUCCACUAACCACUGAUACAUGCCUUCAUGACAAAGGGGAAAUGCUCAGGUCUAGUAUGAGUACCAUUGUUUACCUUUUAAAAUAUAUUGUUGUUAUUGCGUCAUGUUGACGAAAUGGUUAGGGCGUUUGGCCCAGAACUCAAAAGGAAAUGGGUUUGAAUCCCCUGACAUGCCACUGAUGUUGUGUCCUUGGGAAAGACACUUCACAGGACUUUCCUCAUUCUACCUAUGUGUAAUGAUGGGUACCUGACUUUGGUUGGGAGGUAAAAGGUGGUGUGAGGAGGGGGUUGGGCUCAACCAUGCCCUAGACACAGUGAAUAACAGACAACUGCCCUACGGCCGCAAAAAGGCUAUAGGACUACCUCUACCUUACUGACCAAAGGCAGUAGUACCAGUGAUGUUGCCUCAAUAUCUCAAACAGUAUUUCUCUAAAAUAGCUGUUACCAAGUUGUAUGUUUUCCAGUACUUUUGAAUGAUACUUUCCUACACUGGAUUUUAUAUGUCAAAGAAAAUAUGUGGAUCCAUGAAAGAAUGAUAAUUAUGUCAUUUCUACAUUACAGAAUGAUGUUUCAAAAGUGCCUUUAUUGAAUACCCACAUUUUAAAAUGGGAUUAAAUGAAUAUUUUCAAUGACAUCCUUUUCAAAGUAAAAGAAGGAUUUUUGGUAUGACUACAUUGUACAUGUAAGUCUUUGGAAAGUGUAAAAUAGAUAGUCUAUACUGAUAUGUUAGAACAUGUUAACUUCUGAUGCUUGUAAAUAUUCACUUUAAAUCUAAACAUUUUUCCGUCCUUGGUUGUUAAAAGUCGUGGAAAAAGAACAUGUUGUCAAUGUAAUAUGUUACAUUUUUUAUUAUAAUUUGUCUUGUGGUGUUGGAAAUGGUGCUAAAUUAUGUCAGUUUUAUAUACUAGUAACAUCUGUGUUGCCAUCUCAAAUGCUAAAAGUUGUUCUUGUUUGUCAUAAAUUUUGGGUAGAUUGUAUUGUGUGCUUCCAUUGUGUUUUUGACCCAGUAUUUAUUAUCUAUUGUACCCUUAUUCAGGAUCAAGAAUUAGUUUAAAUUUUGUUCAGUACUACUGUUACUGUACUGUCAUAGGUCUAGAUAUUGUCAAUAGUUUGUAUAUGACAAACUUCCAUAGAAAGGUAUACAUUUGCUUUAUUAGCUACAUGUACAUGUAUACAGCCAUAAUGUUGCAGGAAUGUGUUAAAAGACCUACUGUAAUUUUGACAAAUUCUAUGUAGUGUUUCAUGUUUACUAAAAUCUUGUCUGCUGUAAUUCUAAUAAUGACUGGACAUUGAUUAGAUGUUUUGUGCAGAAUUUCCUACGUCAUUUCCUAUAUUGUACAGUAUGUACAUCCCUUUCUUAUCUAGGGGCUCUAAGGAAAUGAAUGUUUCUUGUUUAAAAGUUGAUGGUAAAAAUUCUAUUUUAACUGAAAAAGACAAAGUUGUCGUAUGUUUGUAUACUCAUGUUUAUGAUAAAGAUGCAGCAUUUGAGAAAAAAUAAUCUGUGUU